AUGGCUACACAAAACUUAACUACACAUCCUAUGCGAUCAGACGGGCCAGGGGGCCCUUCGGGCAUGAUACCCCAUCCCCUCGACCAACUCACCGUUACCGAAGUCAAUCUGGCUCGCGAGGCUAUUUUGAAAGCCCGAGGUAACACUGUAGCGGUCCAUUUUCGAUCAAUAUUUCUCGAGGAACCACCUAAGAAACAACUAUCACAGUUCCUUGAACUUGAACAUUCCGGGAAAGUGUCAUUGCAGACCCCUCGACCAGCUCGCCGCGCAACAGCUCAAUACGAUGUGGUUUAUGGUGAUAAGAACCAUGAAUAUACGGAAUCUUGCGUAGAGAUCGCUUCUGGGCUGGAAGUCGAGAAAAGAGUAGUUGAAAAGGUGCACCAUGCCAGUUUGGCUACUCAUGAAUUCGCAGCAUUCACAAAAGCUUGCUUUACCUCUCCUCUCUAUAAGAAGGCCAUCGCUGAGUUUGAGCUUCCUGAAGGCUUCGUCAUCACUAUUGAUUCGUGGCCUUAUGGAGGCGAUGGAGAGAUUGUUCCACGUUAUACGCAGGGCCUGUGUUUCGCACGAGACACUCGAUCUGGAAAUGAGGAUUCUAACCAUUACUCUUAUCCACUUCCAUUGAUUCCAGUGAUGGAUACGUAUAGUCAUGAGGUUGUGCGAAUUGACAAAUUAGCUACGGGUGGGAAAGAUGAUGGGCUAACUUACGGGACGCACAAAAAGAAUGUACUGGACCACUGCUCACCCGGCGAGUAUAUUCCUGAACUGCUUUCUCAGCCGCUCCGCUCGGAUGUUAAGCCCCUGAUCGUUGUUCAACCAGAAGGCCCAUCUUUCCAAGUCAACGGUAACCUGAUAGAGUGGCAAAAAUGGAGGUUUCGAGUUGGUUUCAAUCCUCGUGAAGGCGCCACUCUCCACGAUGUUCACUAUGAUGGUCGGAGUGUAUUAUAUAGGCUCAGUCUGAGCGAAAUGACCGUCCCGUACGGAGAUCCAAGACCACCUUUCCACCGAAAACAAGCAUUUGAUUUCGGAGAUGUUGGUGCUGGGCGUGCGGCAAACAACCUCUCCCUGGGAUGUGACUGUCUAGGGGUCAUAAAAUACUUCGAUACUGUGUUGACAGAGGCCGAUGGAACGGCCAGCUUAGCCAAGAAUGUCGUAUGCUUGCACGAGCAAGACAAUGGGAUCGGCUGGAAGCAUACGCACUUUAGGACGCAAAGGGCGGUCGUAACGCGACUUCGUGAACUUGUUGUCCAGUUCAUUAUCACUCUGUCGAAUUACGAAUAUAUCUUCGCAUUCAAGCUUGACCAGGCUGGAGGCAUUACUUUCGAAACUAGAGCUACCGGUAUCGUCAGCGUUGUUAACAUUGAUCCAGGGAAGACAAGCCCGUGGGGCAACGUUGUAUCAUCUGGUGCCUUGGCGCAGAAUCACCAGCACAUAUUUUGCCUCCGCAUUGAUCCGGCUAUUGAUGGCCAGAAGAAUACUGUUUUUACAGAAGAGUCGCUACCUAUGCCAAUGUUUAAAGAGCUCAACCCAUAUGGAAAUGGAUAUGAAGUCAGACAAACACCGAUCAAGAACUCACAAUUUUUUGAUGCUUCACCAAUGACGAAUCUGACGGUCAAAAUGAUCAAUCUGUCGAAGUUGAACCCCGUUUCUGGAAGGCCCGUUAGCUACAAGUUUAUUCCUACGGCCUCGCAGCUGAUGCUGGCACAUCCGGAUAGCAUCAUGGCAAAGAGAGCCCAAUUCGCGCAACAUCAUGUCUGGGUAACGAAGUACAAAGAUGGCGAGCUUUGGGCCGGCGGAGAAUUUACAAACCAAUCCCAAAAGGAGAUUGAUGGAGUAGCGGAUGCUGUAGCAAGAAACGAGAAUGUGGAAAAUGAGGAUGUAGUCGUAUGGAACACCUUUGGACUCACUCAUAACCCUAGAGUUGAGGACUGGCCUGUGAUGCCCGUGGAAAUUCAUCAGAUCCACCUUCGACCAGCAGAUUUCUUCACUGCAAACCCAGCUAUAGAUGUACCAGGCCCAAAAGAUACGGCCUCGGUGCUUGCUCCCGGUUCAGAAGUAUGCUGCGAGAGCGGCGAGGUUCAAAAGGCAGCGAGCUCUCAUCUUCAGAGCGCUGGGCCAGACCUUGAUCCUAAGAGCAACUUGUGA